CGGAAUUUACUAAAAACUUUUUCGACGUGUUAUGACUUCCGUCCAAAAUCAAUAUUUUUUCUAGUUCUUUUUUCAAAUCAUUUCCGGUUCCUACUACUUAACAAAUCCAAGUCUAUUUAUAAGAAAAAUUUAAUAAAUUAAUGAUAACUUGUUUUUUUCUAAAUCAUAGUAUUAAUGAACAAUUAUUUAACUUAAUAUUGUUAUGAAGUACUCAUGAUUAUUUUUAAUUUCACCUUAAAAGAUUGAAUUUGACAAUUAGUCGGAUCAUCCAUUUUGUUUACAUUCGCCAUUUUCUAUUUCUCAUUUUUUGAGAAGAAACGAAGCGACGUGAGGCAAAUCUCCUUUUUUUUCGGAGUCUUCGCGGAAAGUGCACUCGCAUUGUUGUUGUGCGGUAUUAUUUCCAGUUAUUAUUCUAAGUUAUAAAUUUAUAUUGGCUAAAAUGCCUCCAGUUAAGCAUUACUCUUCUAGUGAAGUGAAUCAGUAUGAAUUAUCGUCAAGGUUAUUAUCAUUAACGGAAAAUAAUACAUCAUAUACUCUUACGCAAAUAAAUGGACAAAGGAUUUAUAGGAAAGCACCUCAUGCAUGGAGUGGGCCUGAGCCGUCGAGGAAUUGUGAGGUAUUCAUAGGCAGGAUUCCUCAUGAUUGCUUUGAGGAUACUCUGGUCCCACUGUUCCGUCAGGCUGGUGAACUUUUUGAGUUUCGGCUGAUGAUCAACUUUUCUGGGUGGAAUAGGGGGUAUGCAUUUGCAAUGUAUACAAAUGAUGUUGAAGCAAGUAAUGCAAUAAGGAUGUUCAACAACUACAUGAUCAGGCCGUCCUGGCAGUUGGGAGUGUGCCCGUCAAUCAACAAUUGCCGCAUAUUCAUAUCGCGAAUUCCCCCCACUACUCCGUCGGCGGAGAUCGUGCGGCUGUUGUACGCGCUCACGGACGAAGUGCAGGAGGUCCGCAUUCGACGCUCGACGGCGUCCUGUGCCGCCAUUGUGGAGUACAAGUCUCACCGCGGGGCUGCGAUGGCGCGCAAGGCUUUGGUCGCAGCCGCGGCCGCCGCGUGGGGCUGCGGCGCGCGACCGGCGGUCGACUGGUCGCUGCCGCAGUCGCCGCAACUGCUCAAGCAGUACAGAGAGGUGGGUCGUUGGAGCGCCGAACGCGGCGUGGAGCUGUCGCGCGCGCCGGAGGAGGCGGGCGCGUGGUCGCCGCCCCCCGCCGCGCCCUCGUACACGCUGGAGCCGUGGUCGCAGGCGCGCCGGCUGCGCAUGAUACACGAGGCGCAGCGCAGCGCCGCGCACGCGCCGCACGUGGGAUAUAACCGCAUCUCCAAUAUGGAGUCUCUAGUAGCCUCCAUGUCUGGUCUCAGCGGGCUGGGCGGGGAGGGCGGGGUAUGGGCGCCGCCCACGGGGCUGGGGGCGGGCGGCCCGCGCGCCCCGCCCUCCCCGGACUUCAACCCGUGGACUUCGCGGCAUCCGCUACAGGAGUUCAAGGAGUUCAUCGCCCACGCGAAGGACCAGUGAGUCGAUGUUUGUUAUUGUAGGGCUACGCGUGCAUUGUCCAUAGGUGCCAAGGCCGGAUCCAGAGGGGGGGUCAUGGGGGUCAUGACCCCCCC